AUGACUGUCAUGGAGGGUACCGACCGUCAGGAGAUCGUCAUAAUAGGCGGUGGCAUUAUUGGUUGUACGACAGCAUAUUACCUGACAAGACAUCCUGCCUACGAUCCAUCAAAGCAUUCAAUCACGGUAAUCGAGGCUACAAGAAUAGCUGGUGGAGCAUCUGGAAAGGCUGGAGGUCUUCUUGCAGUAUGGGCAUAUCCAAACAAUAUUGUUCCCCUGAGCUUUAAGCUACAUCAAGAUUUGGCACAGGAACAUGGUGGUGAAGAGAAUUGGGGUUACAGAAAAGUGUCGUGCGGAAAUCUGGAAGCAACGGGCCGAGGGAGGACUGAGUUGGAACGAUUAGGUGGACAAACUGGAAUGUCGUUGGGAAAGAGGAGCGGGGAGAAGGGGAGGAAGGUCACCAAUGGAGGAAGGAGUGCGCUUCCCAAAGACCUAGACUGGAUACUACCAGAUCUUAUUAAGGGAUAUGAAAAGAUGGGAGGAAGUAAGGAAACAGCACAAGUGCACCCUUAUCAGUUCACGAUGGCUAUGAUUCAUCUUGCGGAAGAACGAGGCGUCAAGGUCAUAAUCGGAUCUGUUAAAGACAUUAACUAUGCUGAAGCCAGCCGUAGUACUCGUCGAAAGGUAAAAUCAGUGACAUAUGAGGAUCGUGAGACGAAAGAAAUACAUACAAUUCCGUCUACAACAACCAUUCUUGCAGCAGGACCAUGGACUUCAAAACUUUAUCCUUCUGCGCCGAUAUCUGGGUUACGAGCGCACAGUGUUACCAUUACCCCGGCCUCACCUGUUUCGGCUUAUGCUUUGUUCACCGAGAUAACUAUUCCUCCUACGCCACCAUCUCCAUCAUACCGGUAUCAUUCAUCACGGAAUAUACAGGCGGCACCGGUAUCUCCAGAGAUAUAUUCACGCCCAAAUAAUGAAAUUUAUGUUUGUGGCGAAGGGGAUAUGGAAGUGGAGGUUCCCGAGACGACCGCAGACGUGGAAGUUGAUGAGGAUCGAUGUGAUGACCUGAUAGCUCAGGUCAGCUCUAUAUCGGACCAUAUUCGACUUGGACGGGUAACGAGAAAACAAGCUUGCUACCUACCAAUUCUAAGUGUGGGUGGCCAUGGAGGACCUUUGAUCGGCGAAACGGGAACUGAAGGCCUCAUGAUGGCUACGGGCCAUAGUUGCUGGGGUAUUAACAAUGCACCGGCCACUGGGAAGUUGAUAAGUGAAAUGGUUUUCGACGGAAAGGCCAUUAGCGCAGAUAUCGGCCAACUGGAUCCACGAAGGAUACUGUGA